CAUGUCUGCGCCCUGUCUUGCUUCCUGAAAGCACCUAGCAUAAAUUGAAUAUCUGAGUUAUUUAAAGGCUUUCUGGCUGCAAACCGGUUUGAGUUCAACACAUUGCGAUCAUGUCGGAAAACACUCAGAAGAAGGGCACUCCUGGAAAUGCGCUGACAAAAGCAGUGAUUGCUGAAAUGCUGCUGAAAAAUUUUGAGAGACUCCCUGACAUUGAUCAGAAACUGUUCACCUAUGGACCUUUGUAUCUGGGAGGAAACGCCGGACUCGCGGGACUCAUAUCGAACAGCUUGUAUCGCAGAGCUCUGAACGUCAGAGAGGCGCGCAUCGCCUCCAACCUGCCCAUGGCCGUGCUGCCCUUCCUGACAACAUGCGCUCUGUACAGCGCAGCAGUGUCCAACCCGCUCCUGUCGGGUGACCUCGACUGUCCCAUGUGCUCCAUAAUUCGAGGUGCCCUUGUUGGCGUGAUCGGUGGUGGGGUGUACCCCAUCCUCCUGGCCUUACCUAUGAAUAUUGGCCUUGCGUCCAGGUACUACACAGCUCCAAUGCCAGAGAAGGGCAAUAUGCUCCGCUACUGUGUGGAGAUCUCCAAACCAGUCUUGAGGAGGAUGAGGGCAGUUAUAAUUCUCCAAGGCUUCUUUGGCACCUACCUGGGUUCCAGGCACUUUGAGACAUAUACCAAACUGGCCAGGAUAUCAUUUGGCUCAGGUAGAAAAGAACUCAAAGACUAAAUGUACUGAACUCUAAAUGAUGAUGUAGAACUCGAUCACUGUUUUGCAUGGGAUAGACCAAUGCAUGAGAUUGAGAUUAUCCUGGAAAUAACUGUAUUUGUGACGCACCAUUUCUGAGAUCUUUUCUGGUUUGUCAAAAUUAAGAUUAGUUACAUAAAUACUCAUCUUUGCAGAUGCAUCUUACCAGUAUAUGUUGUUUAAAAUGAACCAAUUUGUCACACUAUGAAAAAAUAAAUCAUGCAGACCUGUCUUUAUUUUAUUACACGUGAAAUUUAAAAACCUUGAAAUUUGUACAGCUUGUUGAACUGAGUUCUGUGAUAUUCGAAUGCUUCCACAUUUAGUGUAGAUAAAAAGAUUCAUGACGAUCAGUAAG